CCUCCUCCUCCUCCUCCCCGGGUUCCGCCAUCUCCGCUCUCGGAGGCGCCGGAAGGCCUGGCGGGGAACGCCCUCCCUCGCUUCCUUCCCCCCCCCCGCGCUCGGGGGUCGCAGCGGCUCGGGCUCGCCGCGGAGCACGCCGGGAGUCCCCCCCGCCCGGGCCAGUCGGCGGGCGCGGGGCAUGCCGGGAGUCUGGCCAAGGCCGGAGAGCCGCGCCGAGGCCCCCGCGGUGCAUGGUGGACUGCAGGAGUCCCGACAGCUCUUCGCUCAGCAGCUCUCCCCCUCUGCGGGGCCUGGGAGCCUCCCCGCCCCCUGAGCCUCCCCCCCCUCUGCACCCCUCCAUGAUCGGCUCCGCCAUGACCAGCUCCAUCGGUGGGCUGGGCUCCCCCUUCCCGGUCAUCAGCUCCUCCAUGGGCUCCCCGGGACUCCCGGCCACCCCCUCCAUCGGCUACGGGCCCGUCAGCAGCCCCCAGAUCAACUCCACGGUCAACCUGUCCGGCCUCCACUCGGUCAGCAGCUCCGAAGACGUGAAGCCUCCGGUGGGCAUGAGGGUCCUGCCAGGCCACCCCCACAGCGGGCUCGUGCCCGGGAAGCGGCUCUGCGCCAUCUGUGGGGACCGGUCCUCGGGGAAGCACUACGGGGUGUACAGCUGCGAGGGCUGCAAGGGCUUCUUCAAGCGCACCAUCCGGAAGGACCUCACCUACACCUGUCGCGACAACAAGGACUGCAUCGUCGACAAGCGCCAGCGCAACCGCUGCCAGUAUUGCCGCUACCAGAAGUGCCUGGCCACCGGCAUGAAGCGCGAAGCCGUGCAGGAGGAGCGCCAGCGGGGGAAGGAGAAGGACGGGGAGGGGGAGCUGGCCGGCACCGGGGCCAAUGAGGACAUGCCGGUGGAGAAGAUCCUGGAGGCCGAGCUGGCCGUCGAGCAGAAGUCGGACCAAGGCGUCGACGGAGCCGGCACGGGGGGCAGCUCGGUGAGUUGGGGAAGGGGAGCAGCGGGAUCAGAGCGGUCCCUCCACCACCCCACCGACACAGACGAGCCCAACGACCCGGUGACCAACAUCUGCCAGGCGGCAGACAAACAGCUCUUCACCCUGGUGGAGUGGGCCAAGCGCAUCCCCCACUUCUCGGAGCUGCCCCUGGACGACCAGGUCAUCCUGCUCCGGGCCGGCUGGAAUGAGCUUCUGAUCGCCUCUUUCUCCCACCGGUCCAUUUCGGUGAAGGACGGGAUCCUGCUGGCGACCGGGCUGCACGUCCACCGCAACAGCGCCCACAGUGCUGGCGUGGGGGCCAUCUUCGACAGGGUGCUGACCGAGCUGGUGUCCAAGAUGCGCGACAUGCGGAUGGACAAGACGGAGCUGGGCUGUCUGCGCGCCAUCAUCCUCUUCAACCCAGAUGCCAAGGGUCUCUCGAACCCCGGGGAGGUGGAGCUGCUGCGCGAGAAGGUCUACGCCUCGCUGGAGUCCUACUGCAAGCAGAAGUACCCGGAUCAGCAGGGGAGGUUUGCCAAGCUGCUGCUGCGCCUGCCCGCCCUGCGGUCCAUCGGCCUGAAGUGCCUGGAGCACCUCUUCUUCUUCAAGCUGAUCGGGGACACCCCCAUCGACACCUUCCUGAUGGAGAUGCUGGAAGCCCCCCACCAGAUGUCCUGACCCCGCACCCCCCCAACCCCAACUCCCCCGAGGACCGGAGGGUUGCUGCCAAGACCGCCGGGGAACUCACAGCCCCCUCCCCCCGGGGGGGGGCUCUGCAUUGGGGCAGGCGGCUGGACUUCCCAGCCACGGUGGGGUGGGGGCUAGCCCCCUCCCCACCUUUGCAUAAAUCCCGGGGGUCCCCCUCAGCCAGCCUCUGAGUGCUGGGGUGGGGUCCCUCACCUGGGAAAGGGGCUCCCGUAACGCUGCUCCCCCCAAUCGGCUUGUGUGGGAAGCCCCCUGGGCUGAGGAUGGGACGUUUCCCGGGCUCCUGGGGGGGGGGGAGGUAGGCUUCUCCCCCCCCUCCAUUGCAGCUUGGGAAGUGGCCCCCGUCCUGCUGCCUUGCCACCCCCACCCCGCCCCAAAGCCGGCUUUUUGGCAGUGGGUUUCUGGCAGCCCCUGUCACGGUUCUGAAAUGGUUCCCGUUUCUUGCAGGGAGGGGGCUCCAUUGAGCCCCCCCCUCCCUCUCCUCUUCUGGCUUAGCACUUUUGACUGUAUCGGCCCUCAUCUAUGCAAGGGGCACGUCCUGGGGGGGGGGGCAGCCCCUCAUGCCGGACAGCCUGCUCGCCCCCCCCUCCUGACACAGAGGAGCCCACUGCCCCACGUCCUUGGGGUGUCCUGGGGCAGAGCUCCCCCUCUCAACCCCCCCCCCCAGGAAGGUAGGGGGCUGCCCUGACUGGCCGAAUUGGAAGCCCCUCCCUGCCCCCCUUGGCUGAUGCCCUUCCCUUGCGCUCCGAGCACUGGCUUUGUAAGGCCUGGGGGGGGGAGAAGGGGGGGUGUCUCCCCCUGUCUCCCCCCACCGCAGGCCCAUAUGCCUCUUGCUGCUUCCUCCCCCCCCCCGUCCCCCAUUUAUGUGACCUUCCCCCAAUAGGGGAACAUGUUGGUUUAAUCAACCGAGGGCAAAUCGUUUGGGCCCCCCACCCACCUCAGCUGCCCCCCCCUCCCGCUUUGUUUCUCUUCCCCCAUUUUAAUUGGGCGUCCGGGGCACUCCCUUUGCUCCCCCCUCCCCCGGAAUCAGGAAUGCAGAACUUCUGAGCAUGUGCAGAGCGCCAGGCUGCGAUGUCGCCAGAGGCUGCCCGGCUGUUACGGAAGAGAUUUUUCUCCGCCUCUUGAGGGGGGGGGGGAAGCACGGAUGUUGAAACUUUGGGGGACCCCCCCCCCUCCGAGCACCUCAUGGACUGUGGCCGCAGGCGGUUGGAAGCGGGCCACGGGUUCCCCAGCCCAGGCGAGAGACCGGCAUUCCCGGCACCUGCCAGCCGGGUCCUCGGACAUCCGGCGGCCGCCUCUGCGCAACAGACUACCUUUCGAUAGUUUGGAAUCCUAGUUAGGUUUCUCUGUGGCUUUUGCUCAAACCUGGUUAAUAAAACACAGCUGUUGUGUUUGCAUUACGUACCACGCAAAUAAACCAUGUAUUGUGGUUUUAA